AUGUCACUUACGGAGAUCACAAGGAAUUGCUUCCAAAGUGGGAUAUCUGCUCAGAAGGUACUUCGUCUUACGGUGUACUCAAUUUCAUGGUGGCUAGCGUUGUGCAAGGACUUUGUGAACGAGAACCCAAUUCUCGGAAGCCCAGAGUCGGUGGCAAGUGGAAUCAGUAAUUCCGUCCUGUUUCUCUACCGGUCUUAUCCCGCAGACUCAAGCCUCAACAAGUACCUUGUCUACGCACUGAAGGAUGGGAUACUGCCCUUACAUGUCUACGUCGCCACUUUCCUGUCUGCUGCUCGCUCUGCCGACUUCCAUUCAGGUGCCACUCUGGAUUUCCUGUGCGACCUGGCCCUUCGGACACACGAAGAGAGCAGCCAAAUCCCUCCCCCCGCCCUUCUGUCUCCUUCAGCAUCCCCGCUCGCCAACCUCGAGACCGUUCAAGACGCGCUCUGCCUGGUCCAAACAUCCCAUACGAUGAUUUUGAACUAUCAUCACCACAAACUCGUGCAGAAUUCGGAGCGAUUGUUAUCCCACUUACUGUCUUAUAACACGGACGUAUCGCAAAUGACGAUUACCCAAGUAUGGCUGGCAUACUCUACCACCAUUGACAUUAUGAGAGUAAUCCAACUCGACGCUCAAGUCCGCGUUCGGCUCAAACAAUUCGCCAUGGAGCUGAACAGAGUCAUUCAAGACGAUGCAAAGGCUGCGCGAGAAGCUCAGAUGAUGCAAAGUAUGCAAGUCGCGAAACAGAGUGUAGGAUCUUUGAACUCGGAGACGGACGUAGUUAGUCUGGGUCUGCUAUGGCAAUACUUGGUCAAACAUCGAGCUCGCGACUUCGGAGCAGGAAACACAGAGAAGGUCGUUGCUCUUCUUGUCAGUGCCUGGAGAUGGUCUUCAUGGACGGCGCCCGUUUUCUGCACUCAAGUCUUUGUAUCCCUCUUUACGUGCCUCACAUCGUGCCCUACGCUCGGCGAGCCGGCUCUCUGGAGAGCGUUUAUUCUUGGACGGGUGCCUUCCUACCUCGCCGCUUUCCAAAAGGUCGUUAGCACCGAUCAAGGCCUCUCUACAGACUUGCGUACAGCCUUUCGUCAAGGCAUUAGGGCGGCCCUCAGGAGACAAGACCUUCUGGUUCCAGGCGACCAUUUCAUUUCGCAAGCCACAGGGUCCAAUGGAGCGAGUGACGGACAGACAUCAUUCGCCCGCAAAUUCGUCCAACAAUUACUGAAGGCGGACCUAAUCGAACAAACUGUGGUACAAGAAGUCGAGCCAUUGCUAGGGCCCUCGGCGCCGGCCCAUGAAUCACAGGAUAUGAACGUGGACUUAACUUGUGAUUUCGACGUGCGACUAGCCCAGGACCCGGAUCUUCUCGAGGCAAAUCACUGGCUUGAUCGCAUUUGGAAGGAUGAGAAUAGUCAUCGACCGUUAGCCGCAUUGGUGUUGAAGCGUUUCGAACUUUCUUCCACAGGCGGAGAUGUCGAGCCUUUCGGUCGACUUUGUCAACUGUUAUACACCCACCGAUUCGCAUUGGAUCUUGUUUCCCUUCACGUUAAAGUUUCCGAUCUAGUGUUCUACGCACUCUCGUUCUUAGAAGCUUACGACUGUGAAUCAGUAGGUGACCCCCAAACUGGGGUUAGUCAAGUAGGAAACGUGGUACUGUUUUUGCAAUACACUAUCAUUCGGUUCCAGUUCGAGGAGGAAGUCUUCACCAAAGAUGGCCAGAGUUUCUCAACUACCUUCCUUCGUCACACAGAUGAAGUUCUACCCAUAGAAUCAGCACAGUUACCCGAAACUGCAGCCUUCCAUUCAUGGUUCAAAGCUCUUUUUGACAGUAGCAGCGAAGGGAUUGAAGAUAGCAUUUUGAGGCAAGCUUUUCAUCACCCUUGA